GGGUAAUAGCGGGGUGGAGAAGGGAAGGAGGGCAAGAAGGAGAUCACCUCAGUGCCCUCAUCUGGGUCAACUAUAUGAAUAAACUGGCAUAACUUAAAUUACAGAAAGAACAGAUGUGUGUUUUUGUAGGUACUGACACAUAAUGUCAUUUUUAGCAGAUAAAGAUGAAGUCUUGUCUGAGACUACACAGCAUUGGGGAUGGGGAUUAUCCACUGAAAGAAAAAUGCAGACCAGGACUAGGCUUAACCUCUGUCCAGGAAAUCAACCCUUAAUACAUCAUCCAGUAACUUCCGAGUCCAGCUCCGGUGCUUGGUAGAACAGUCUUACAAUGUUCUUUGUCCGGUUGUGCUUGUUGUUAAGGUGUUAAGUCAUGCUGGUUUUAAAAAUGUUUAUCUGGCAAGUUUUUGUAUAGCAAGUUUUGUAUGUACCAAUUUCCAGCUUGAUCACCUUGUUCUCAUAAGCCUUAGCAGCUGUUUAAGUUAAUGGACUAAAUAGAUGCGGUGCAUAUAGCAAACAAUCUGGUGAAUGUACACUCACCCUGUUUCCCUUGUAACAGUUCAGUACAACUUAAUCAAAGUUCAAAGAUGAGGUUUUCAGGGCUGUGUGAGCUGGGCGGUAGAGGCAACAAGUAGUUGUAUAGCUGUCAGAUAGUUUGCUACCAUGAUAUACAUACAUUUUCUCCCGUUGGUAGCUUUGUUACUAAUCGGGUCUUAAAUAACUCUGUGGUAAUAUACUAGUGGUUCUUGGUGUACCAGCCACUGGUACAACAUGUGCAUAAUUGUGAAUGAGCUGGUCACUUGAAAUCACAAUGUGUCUGUUCUUAUCCACAUAGUGUCAGCUUUGGUCAACUACAUGCAGAAGGAGAACUUAAGAUACAUUGUUUUUAAGAUCAACAUGGAAAAACUAGAUACACAAACCACAUGGCAGAACCUUACCAAUGCUUGGAUGAAUCAGAUUAUUGCCAGGAUUCAGAGUUUGUUGCUGUUUUGGAACAUGAUGUCUGAUUUUCUGAGUUAACUCACAGCACCAAGGCCAUUUUGUUUUGGCACCUAAUUUGUUUGUUUUUUACAAAUGUCUGCACUGCUUUGAACCGUAAUUAAUUCACAUGUUGUUAAAAGGUUUGAGAAACUAUGAGAACCAACGGACACCUCAGUGCCCUCAUGUGGUUCAACUAUAUGAAUGACCUUGCAUAACAUAAAUUGUGAAAAGAAAGAACGUGUGUUUUUGUAGGCAGUGACACAAAACAUUGUUUUUACUGGAUAGAGAUCAAGUCUUGGACUACGCAACAUUGUGGAUGGCGAUUAUCUACUGAAAGAAAAACGUAGUCUUAAUGCUUGUCCAAGAAAUCAACCCUUAAUAUACCAGUCAGUAAUCUCAGCUCCUGUGCUUGGAAAUGUCAGUUUUUUCAAAUCUGUGUCAAAAUUGGAGCCUUUUCAUAUCUUAUCACAGCAUUAUCUGGCGUGGUGUGAAUAAAAUUUGGUCAACUGGUCAGGUCCUCAUUUUGACAUGUUCUGGGGCAGCUUUCCGCAGUCAUCCUGAACAGCCUAUGAUAGCUUCAAAUAUUUGCUUCAAUUACUUGAUUUUUGUCAUGGUGGCUUUAUAGAUUGUGUUCUUUUCCGCUUGAUUUAUUAAAGGUGUUAAGUGGUGCUUAUCCGGCUUUUGUAUAGGCUAAAUUUCCAGGUGGGAGUAGUACAUGGGAAAUGAUAAGCUUGUGCUAAUGAGACCCAGCAGUUUAAGUUUAUGGACUUUUUAGAGGCGGUGCAUAGAGCAAACAGUCUGGUGAAUGUACACUCACCCUUUGUAUAUCCCAGUUCUGUGUGACUUAGAGUUAAAGGUUGAGGUUUCCAGUGGUGUGUGUGAGGUUGACAGCAGAGGCAGCAAGUAGUCAGGGAGCUUGCAAUUAUGAUAUACAGACAUCUUCUCCCGUUGGUGGCUUUGCUACUAAUCAGGUCUGAAAUCACUCUCGGUGGUAACAUACUGGUGGUCCCUGGUGAUUACAGUCACUGGCACAAUAUGCGCGUAAUCGUGGAUGAACUGGUCGCUCGGAAUCACAGCGUGACUGUUCUUGGGCACACUGCCUCACCUUCAAUCAAUUACACGCAAAAGGAGAACUUCAAAUACAUUGUUUUUAAGAUCAACAUGGAACAACAAGAUGCACAGAACAUGUGGCAGAACUUCAUCAUUGCUUGGAUGAACAAGACUGUAACUGGGAUUCGGACUCUGAUGGUGUUUUGGAACAUGAUGUCUGAGUUUGACCAUUAUUUUGAGGCAGCAUGUGAAGGGAUGCUGCUAAAUCAAGAGCUCAUUGCUUCGCUUAGGGAAUCACACUUUGAUGUACUGCUGUAUGAUCCCAUCUUGCCAUGCAGUAAUCUGUUGGCAGAGACCCUUGGCUUGCCUAAGUUGGUGUCUAUUCGACUGUCUUUGGCGUACAGUAUGGAGAGACUGUGCGGUCAGUUGCCUGCACCACCGUCUUAUGUCCCCACUGUUGCAACCCAAGGACAUCUCACUGACCACAUGGAUUUCAUAGAGCGGUUAGAGAACGUGCUGUUAUAUGUUGCUCACACAGCAAUUUUCAAACUGCACAUGAUAUUCAUGUUUGAUAAGUAUUACACCAGAGUAAUGGGUAAACCCACAACGCUAUGUGACACUAUGGGAAAAGCGGACAUCUGGUUAAUCAGAACUUACUGGGACUUUGAGUAUCCACGACCAUUCCUGCCAAACUUCAAAUUUGUGGGGGGGCUGCACUGCAAGCCUGCGAAACCACUUCCAAAAGAGAUGGAGGAGUUUGUUCAGAGCUCAGGGGAUGAUGGCAUUGUGGUCUUUUCCCUGGGCUCCAUGGUGAAGAACCUCACCAAAGAGAGAGCCAACACCAUCGCUGCAGCACUCGGGCAGAUCCCACAGAAGGUCUUGUGGCGGUAUACAGGAGAGAAACCAGACACUCUUGCUCCAAACACAAGACUCUAUGACUGGAUUCCCCAGAAUGACUUACUAGGACAUCCUAAAACCAAGGCCUUCAUCACUCAUGGUGGAACUAAUGGACUAUAUGAAGCUAUUUACCAUGGUGUCCCAAUGGUGGGCAUUCCGCUCUUUGCCGACCAGCCAGAUAAUCUGCUUCACAUGAAAACCAAAGGAGCGGCUGUUAUGCUCGAAUACAACAAAAUGCAGACCAAAGACCUGAAGGACGCUCUCACCGAAGUUAUUAACAAUCCCUCGUACAAAGAGAGCAUGAUGAGGCUUUCCCGAAUCCACCAUGAUCAGCCGAUGAAGCCGCUGGACCAGGCUGUCUUCUGGAUCGAGUUUGUGAUGCGCAACAAGGGGGCCAAGCACCUGAGGGUGGCGGCCCAUGACCUCACUUGGUACCAGUACUACUGCCUGGAUGUCGCUGCCUUUUUGCUGUCCAUAGUCGCUCUGGUCACAUUCAUCUUUGUGAAAUCGUGUGCUUGGCUCUUCCGUAAAUGUUGCAGAAGGACCUCAGCAAAGAGCAAAAAAGAGUGAAUAACUGAAUGAACAUCACUGUGUUAAUGAUUACUGUGAUAUUUUCACAUGGGUUUGCAGUGUAAAGUGUUCUAUUGGAUCGUAAAUGCACAGCAUACAUUCCUCAGGUUUUUCACUGUUUGUAGCAGUGUGGGCCAGUGAACUUAAAUCCUAGAUUCUCAGCGAUUCCAACACAGUGUAAAGUAAUUACAGGUUUUAUAAAUCAUUUUCACUGUUUUCGACAGCACAUAAAGGGAUUUUAUCCAUAUCUUAUAGUGUUUUGUUUUGAAUAAAAUACAUUUUUGAUUAUGUAAAUGUCAAAUUGACUUUUUUUUAUUCAAUAUCUAGAUGUACUGAGUUGUAUUGUGAUUUUCCUGGAUAGUUAAAACUUGAAUGACAGUGAACCUAAAAACUGAUAAAAGAGAACAAAAGUCAUUCUGUGUGAGGAAUAGUAGAAGUAGACGAAUCAUAAAGAAAUUUAAGCCUAAUAAAUGACUAAUGAAUAAGAAUAAUAAUAAAGUCUGUAUAAACGAUGUUAAAAUCAUUUUGAUUGUUUCUUUGUUAAAAUAAUAAGCACAGUUCAUCUGUAGCAUUACACACAACCUGCCUGACUUGUAUAUGUAGGUUUAGUGUCUCGGGGAUAAGGCAUAGUUUUGGACUACUUUUUCCUUUCAAUACAGAAUCUCCAUCUAGAUUCUCUAUUAGAGAGUGGAGUCCAGUCUACUGGCCAUUCCACUGGUGAAAUAAAAAUUGUCUCAGAUGUUUUAAGUAAUUUGAUCAACUAGAAUGUUUUCUCUGUAACUUUUUUCUAUGUUCUCAGAGUAAAUAGGGCACAUUUGCCUCUCUGUGUGGGAAAUGUUGGAACUAUGUGUUGAGCUGCUAGCGAGCAAUGGGGUGAAUGGGGAGGACCCUCUGCUGUUGAAACAGUUCACACCUUGAAAAAAGACAGCCAUGGCGAGAAAAAAUGAACAACUGUAGCUUUCUUCAUGUCAAGAACUGCGUGUAACUGUUUGUUCAUGACUUCUCCCAAGCCAUCAUCACCAGACUAUUUACAACAUGUCGCAACCUCUCAAAGAAAAAUAAAACUGAGCAUUUAACUGGCUUUCAAAUGUCUGUGAAUAAAGUUAUGAACAAAAUGUUUAAACCCUGUUGUAAAGAAGACCGUCACAUUUACUUUCAUUUUUCAAGACACAGCUAUAGAGAUGUAUGUACAUCUUUCCCUGUGACUAAAGAAAGAAAAAAUAAUAAAGAACUUGCACCCUAACCAUCAGAAUCGCUAAGGAAGAAAUGUGUACAGCCAUGCGCGAGUGUUUUAUUGUCGUUCAGUGAGGGUGAGGUAGAACCCGGGGGGUGGGGGGGGCGGGUGUUCCGGUUUUACCACAUCUCCCCCCAGAGAGAAAGUUAUAUCUCCAUUAGUUCAAGCGUACAUAAAUAUCCAGGUUAUUGCCCACAACCUCUGUCUUUACAGGGGUAAAUAGCUUAAGGCUGCUUUGAGCCUCUUUAUUUUGUAGAUUUAAAUUGAUUGUACUUUUUCUUUUUUGUUUGUGUUCUCAUCACUUGCUGAACAUGUUUUGGUUCUUUCUUGGAAUUUAAUAAAGGCAUGGCCAUUGGAA